AUGGGUAUCGAGAGAUGUGGAAGAAUACCUCGGAAGAGAUGGCGACCUGGAGGAGAUGGUCUUCAGAUGAUGCUAUGGUUUGGGAGGCCUCAGGGUGCGUUUGGGAUUGUGAAAACUUCAAUUCUUCUCUCUUCUUCUUCCUCACUCCACAAAUGCAUAGAAGAAAACGUAAACAAGGGUGGUGGUUGGGCUGGGUGGGGUUCGUCGUGCGGGGCUGGCGUGGAGGAAGGGGUUGGGUGUGGUGAUAUCGGGUGGGCAUGGCUUGGUGGAUCUGGGCAGUGCGUAUGUCGGAUUUGGGCGGCGUGGGGAUCAAAUAGAGAGACGGCGGCGGCAUGGGAGAAUGGGAGAGGGGCAUGGCCUGGUGGAUCUGGGCAGUGCGUAUGUCGGAUUUGGGCGGCGUGGGGAUCAAAUAGAGAGACGGCGGCGGCAUGGGAGAAUGGGAGAGAGGGGCAUGGCCUGGUGGAUCUGGGCAGUGCGUAUGUCGGAUUUGGGCGGUGUGGGGAGAUCAAAUAG